ACUACAUCAAAGGACACCAUGGUUUCAUCUGGAUCCAGGAUGUCACCAAACUCAUCAUUCUCCUCUCAGUCCUCUUUGGAUCUGCACCUUUCCCCCAUCAACACCUCCAUCUCUUUAUAUGUAGUCUGUCUCAUCUCUAAACCGAGCUCCUACAUCUAUCGUGCAUUUAACAUCACCACCAUCUUCCUCGUCCUCCCAAUCUGCAUCCUCAUCCUCCAACAUGGUCUCCAAGAGUGGAGGAAAAAAGGCUCCACCUUCAUGGAAGUACUGAGUCACUCUGACUGCUUCACCUACAACAUCAUCAUCAUGGACCUGUUUGCUGUCUUAGCGUGUGUCUUCACCUAUUGUGGUAUCGUCAUGAAUAAUUUAAACAUGUUAUCCUUGUCAAUGAUUUUUUACUCUUUCUCCUGCUUUGGACAAAUUUUCUUUCACAUGCUGACUUGUGUGGAGCACUACAUGGCUGCUGUUCAUCCCAUCACUUAUCGGAGCUUAAGGAAAGAAAGAGGGGUCAGAAUCAGGAAUAUCAGCAUAGGCUGUGUUUGGCUGCUUUGCUUUGCAUUAACAGGUUUCAUAAUGAUAGACGAUAUCAUCCUCGCCAUUGUGAAUAUAUGUCUCGUGACAUUGUCUUUAACCGUCUCCUCCUUCUGCAGCCUUUCUGUUCUCUGUGUCUUAAUUCAUCCAGGUCCAAGAGAAGAGAGCAGGAACAGAGACAGGGUUGACCAAUCAAAGAAGAGAGCAUUUUACACCAUUGUGACCAUACUGGGAAUACUGGCAUUGAAAUCUCUUUGGGAUCUGAAUUGGUCUGUAGUGUAUAUUACAGGAGGACUUAAUGGAUGUAUUUUAAUGUCAUGGGGUUCCUGGUUUAAUAUUCCCAGCAACCUCUUGUUGCCUCUGCUGUUUCUAUACAGAAAGGGUAAAUUUGUGUGCUUCAAGAAAAACAUGGAAUGA